AGAAAGGCAGGGCCAGGCGGGCGGCUUCAUUCCCCAGUCCACCUGCCCGCGGGACUGACUCGCUGGCGCAGCUCUGCUCUCUCCCACCGGCUCUUGGACUUGGACGCGGCCCGAGGAGAUGGCGGGGCUGCUGGCACCUCGGGGGCUGCUGCUGGGCCUCUUGCUGGCCUGUGUCGUAGAAGAGACCAGAAAUCAAAAUGUGUUAUGUGGGGUGCCUGCCCUGGGGCGGAUCGUGGGUGGUACAGACGCCCAAAGUGGACAGUGGCCCUGGCAGAUCGGCCUUCAAAUCCACGGUCGGCAUCAUGUCUGUGGAGGGUCCCUCAUCACCCCGCAGUGGUUGAUCACGGCUGCACAUUGCUUUCCCCACGUAAACCCAUACGACAUUUACGAUGUGACCUUGGGCGCCUUCCAGCUCCAAAAUCCUACACAGAACACAGUAGUGAGGAGGGUGGCGGCAGUCAUCAAACAUCCCCACUACACGGAGGAUGAAGGAUCUAAAGGGGACAUUGCGCUGGUGAAACUUAAUGAGCCGGUCACUUACAGCCGCACCGUCCGGCCAAUCUGUCUUCCGGCGUCUUCUGUCAACUUCCCCGUCGGCAUGAAGUGCACCGUCACUGGCUGGGGCAACGUGCUCACAUCUACCAGCCUUCCCUCACCCAAGACCCUGCAGCAGCUCGACGUGCCCAUCAUGGGGACGGACACCUGCCGCUGCCUGUACAGCUUGAAUCCUGACCCUGAGGACCCCCACAUCAUCCACAAUGACAUGAUGUGCGCUGGCCAUGCCGAGGGCAAGAAGGAUGCCUGUCAGGGUGACUCCGGAGGACCUCUGUCCUGCCGCAUAGGCAAUGUCUGGUUGCUGGCCGGGGUUGUAAGCUGGGGAGAUGCAUGCGGGGCCUCCAACAGACCUGGUGUAUAUAUCCGUACCUCGAACUACGCUGCCUGGAUUAAAGAGAAUAUUCCAGAGGUGGAGUUCAGCCAAGCGACUGCCGAUAUGGAGCCAGUGUCCGAGGAGGGCGUGUGCUCCAAUACUACUACUAGCCGGCCGGGCCGUUAUGAUGAUAUCCAGCCUCCGCCAGGGUGGUCCCGUCCCAUCACCCCUAAACCGCCUUCCUCAAACAGCACCGCCUACCGGGCUAGCCUUCCCUUUCUCCUUCUUUUUCUCCUUCCGAUCUUCUGGUACUUCCUAUAAAUUGCACUUCAGUUCUGGUCAGUAACCCACAUGUGCCAAAUGAUUGUAUAGGGAAGAGGGUCCCCCUUCUUUACCACCACCACCUAUACUCGAUAGGAUGGUUGUGCUAUUUCAGUCAGUCAGAUAUCAAAUUUUGGCUUUGUGUUCUGAAAGCAUGUAAUGAUGUUGAGAAUAGACUGUGACAGCCUUGUUGCUUAAGUACACGCUAUGAGAUUCAGUUCAAUGCCUGCCUUGGGUCAGUGCCAUGGUCUAGCAUAGGCUGAGGUCAACUUGAUUCAUGCCUGACUUCAGUUGCCAAGCUCGGUUCUAGCUUAUUCAUACCAACCCAGUGCCUUUUUUAAAAAAAAGUAUUUUGGCUUGAUGCAACAAUGUAGGCCAAAAACGGGAGCCUCUCUGCAACCUCACAGUGGAGAACAGACUCCCACUAAACCAGGUAGGAAAUUCAAUCUAAUUUCCUCCUUGCGGCAAUUCUCAUCCCUUCCCAAUCCAAUUGUGUGAUUUUGCUGCUUGGCAUCCUGUGCCAGUCUUCACAUCUCCUGCCAGCUGCUUUCUUAUGUAAAUCCUUUCUCCUCGAUCAGCUUUGCAAUGGACGUUCCCCAUCAGUUCCCUUCGUGUUUCCCACCAGCCUUCCUGGCUUGCAAAGUCAGGCUGUUCUCCUUUCGCUGCUAGCCGUGGCUCUUUGUGGAAAUUAUUUCAUCUACCUCCUAAACCUUCCCAGAGUCUCUUGCUAGUGCUUUCCACUUCCAUCAGUGUCCACGCAGUUUCUUCCAUCGCAUGUCUGCCUGACCUCACUGUAGGGCAAGAGCUGGGCCUUCCCCUCCAAACUCUGUAAUCUUCUUUGGUUCAUUCAGAUUGCCUCGACAACCCUCCCCCCCCCCCGCAACAUCUCAUACGCCAGCCUAAUGUGAUCUAAAUUCACCUCCUCCCUGUGCCCCCUUUUCUAGGGUGACUCCGGGGGACCCCUCUCUUGUCAUGUAAACGGUACCUGGCUACUGGCUGGGGUAGUAAGCUGGGGGGAUUCGUGUGGGCAGCCCAAC